AUGUGGAAUGAGUUGUUUACUAGGUUUCGAGUGAACAAUCUACCAAGGAAAUACCAACUGGAGCAGGCUAUGAUUACGCUUAAGCAAGGAGACCUUGAUCUGUCCACUUACUUUACCAAGAAGAAGACAUUGUGGGAACAACUUUGCAACACUAGGUCUCGAACAGUUAAGAAGUGUGAUUGUGAUCAGGUGAAAGAAUUACUUGAAGAAGCGGAGGUCAGUCGAGUGAUUCAGUUUCUUAUGGGGUUGAAUGAUAAUUUCAACAAUAUUCGAGGUCAGAUCUUAAACAUGAAGCCAUUGCCGGGGUUGAGUGAAAUAUAUAAUAUCUUGGAUCAGGAUGAGAGUCAACGUGUUGUUGGAAACAGAAAACCAUUGGUGACUCCUUCUGCUUUUCAGACUCAAACAGUUCAAUCAGAACCGAAUCAGAUCUUGAUGGCUCAAGGGAACUUUCAGAAACCGAAAUGUUCACAUUGCUCUCGUUUGGGACACACAGUGGAUAAGUGCUACAAAGUCCAUGGUUAUCCACCUGGUCAUCCAAGGGCUAAGAAGAACACGUUUAUGGGAAGUACCAACUUGACAAAUGCUGAUCAAUUUUAUGGUGAAAAGGAGAAUUGUCAUGAAGAGAAAGAAGAAGAUAUGUCCAAGGAUCAGAUUCAACACAUGAUAUCUUAUUUGAGCUCUAAACUCCAAUCCACUAGUGUCACUGCCUGCCCGGACAAAGCCAUAGCUUCGACUUCAAAUUCUGUACCAACCAUCUCCCAGAUGACUGGUACUUUCCUUUCUCUUUAUGAUCUCACCUAUUAUGACAUGUUAACUUCAUCUAUACCUCAUGAAACUGAGUUGUCUUUUAGAGCUUGGGUCAUAGAUUCAGGUGCUAGUCAUCAUGUUACUCAUGAGAGGGAGAUGUAUGUAGAAUACCAAGCCUUAGAAAGAACUUAUGUUAGACUUCCUAAUGGCCAAACAGUUAAAAUAGAAGGGACUGGUUACAUUCAACUCACAGAUGCUUUAGGUCUUUAUAAUGUGUUAUACAUUCCUGAAUUCAAAUUUAAUCUGUUGAGUGCUCUUACUCAGGAGGUAAUGAUUGGAAGAGGUAGUCAAGUUGCAAAUCUAUAUGUUUUGAGUCUUGAUAAAAAGCUUGUUAAUCUGUCGUCUUCAACUUUUCCUGUUCAACCAGAACCGAAUCAGAUCUUGAUGGCUCAAGGGAACUUUCAAAAACCGAAAUGUUCACAUUGCUCUCGUUUGGGACACACAGUGGAUAAGUGCUAUAAAGUCCAUGGUUAUCCACCUGGUCAUCCAAGGGCUAAGAAGAACACGUUUAUGGGAAGUACCAACUUGACAAAUGCUGAUCAAUUUUAUGGUGAAAAGGAGAAUUGUCAUGAAGAGAAAGAAGAAGAUAUGUCCAAGGAUCAGAUUCAACACAUGAUAUCUUAUUUGAGCUCUAAACUCCAAUCCACUAGUGUCACUGCCUGCCCGGACAAGGCCAUAGCUUCGACUUCAAAUUCUGUACCAACCAUCUCCCAGAUGACUGGUACUUUCCUUUCUCUUUAUGAUCUCACCUAUUAUGACAUGUUAACUUCAUCUAUACCUCAUGAAACUGAGUUGUCUUUUAGAGCUUGGGUCAUAGAUUCAGGUGCUAGUCAUCAUGUUACUCAUGAGAGGGAGAUGUAUGUAGAAUACCAAGCCUUAGAAAGAACUUAUGUUAGACUUCCUAAUGGCCAAACAGUUAAAAUAGAAGGGACUGGUUACAUUCAACUCACAGAUGCUUUAGGUCUUUAUAAUGUGUUAUACAUACCUGAAUUCAAAUUUAAUCUGUUGAGUGCUCUUACUCAGGAGGUAAUGAUUGGAAGAGGUAGUCAAGUUGCAAAUCUAUAUGUUUUGAGUCUUGAUAAAAAGCUUGUUAAUCUGUCGUCUUCAACUUUUCCUGGUUAUCCUUCAGGUUUUAAGGGCUACAAGCUACUAGACAUAGAGACAUACUCAGUUUCUGUUUCUCGACAUGUCAUAUUCUAUGAGGAUAUUUUUCCUUUUGCAUCAUCUACAAUCUCAGAUGAUGCAAAGACUUUCUUUCCUCAUUUUUCUCUUCCUGUGCAAAUCAAUGAUGGACAAUCGCCUUUAGUGCAACCAUCUUCUGAUGCUCCUCACAAUUCUGAUGAGUCAUCUUCCAUGGUUUCUGUUCCUUCUGAACUUAAACCAACUCGGCAGAGAAAACUGCCUUCCCACUUACAGGACUUUCAUUGUUAUAAUAACAAUACUCUUACUAAUAGUAAUCACAAAAAUACUUUCCCUUAUCCAUUAGCAAAUUAUAUCUCUUAUUCUUAUCUAUCUGAGCCUUUCUAUGCCUUCACUAAUAUCGUCACUAAAGCGAAGAUACCGCAAAGAUAUUCAGAAGCUAGGCUUGAUAAGGUGUGGGUUGAUGCUUGUGGAAAAGAGAUUGGAGCUUUUAUAAGGACUGGAACUUGGAGUGUGAGUGAUUUACCACAUGGGUAUACUCAGCAAGAGGGAAUUGAUUUUAGUGACACUUUUUCACCGGUUGCUAAACUGACAACAGUCAAGAUGAUUAUUUCUCUCGCACCCAAGAUGCAAUGGUCCUUACACCAAUUGGACAUUUCAAAUGCAUUCUUGAAUGGUGACCUUGAUGAGGAAAUUUACAUGAAGUUGCCACCAGGUUAUGAAGAGAUACUAGGAGAAACAGUACCAGCAAAUGCAGUGUGUCGAUUACAUAAGUCAAUUUAUGGGCUUAAACAGGCAUCUCGGCAGUGGUUUCUCAAGUUUAAAUCAACUCUAAAGAGUUUUGGUUUUGAAACAUGCCAUGGAGAACACACUUUGUUUGUGAAAGAAACAAGUGAUCAGUUUCUGGUAGUUGUAGUGUAUGUGGAUGACAUAUUGAUUGCUAGUACUAAUGCUGAUGCAGCUUGUGCUUUACGGGAUCAAUUGGGUUCCGUUUUUCAACUGAGAGAUCUUGGUACUCCAAAGUUCUUUCUCGGUAUUGAAAUCGCAAGGAAUGAUGAAGGGAUUACUUUUAGUCAGAGGAAGUAUGUGCUCGAUCUUCUGGAAGCUACAGGUUUCUCUGAUUGUAAACCUUCUCCUAUCCCUAUGAAACCUGAUUUGCAGAUGUCUUCAACUGGUUUAUCUGAACGAAAAACUGAAGCUAAACUUGCGAAGUCUACUAUGCAAGCUGAUGAUGAAAUUUUGGAUACAGAGUGUAUUGAUGCAGUGAAGGUUGUCAAGAAACCAUUUAAGAAGUUAUCUGCAGCUGAGACUGCACUUAUUCCAGAUAGCAAACAAUACAGGAGGCUCAUUGGGAAGUUGCAGUAUCUGACUAUUACUAGACCAGACAUCUCUUAUGCUGUAUCAAAACUGGCUCAAUACUCUACAGCUCCAAGGAAAUUUCAUCUCACAGCAGUACAUAAGAUCUUGAGGUAUUUGAAGGCUCCAAGGAAAUUUCAUCUCACAGCAGUACAUAAGAUCUUGAGGUAUUUGAUGGGUACGAUUGGUCAGGGUCUGUUCUAUGGGAAAGAUCAUGAUUUUUCUCUUCGAGGUUUCUCAGAUGCAGACUGGGGAGGUUGUCCUGAUAAUAGACGAUCUCAUACUGGCUAUGCUAUAUUCAUUGGUCAAUCUUUGGUCUCGUGGAAAUCUAAGAAGCAGCAGGUGGUCUCGAUGAGUUCUGCUGAGUCGGAGUACCGUGCGAUGAGUAUGAUCACCAAGGAGUUGUUAUGGUUCACAUAUAUAUUGAAGGCUUUGAGGGUUCCCUUUACACUUCCGGCUUAUCUAUAUUGUGAUAACACAGCAGCUCUUUACAUCGCCAGCAACUCUGUUUACCACGAACGAACAAAACAUAUUGAGUUCGACUGCCACAAGGUCCGUGAAGCUAUUGAAGAUGGAAUUCUUAAAACAAUGUUUGUUCGGACCAACCAUCAACUAGCUGAUGUUUUGACAAAGGCUCUCCAUCCGAUUCCUUUUCAAGAGAUUAUGCGCAAGAUGGGAGUCAUCAACAUCUACUCCUCGCCAUCUUGA